UUUUCAGGCAUGCAGAGCUUCGCGGCUGCCGGCCGAGCGUGCAAUGUCGCGCUCGCUUGGCCAUUGUCGCGCAACGUCGUCGAGGACAAUUGAGCGGGCGCGACGGCGGUCGGACGGCGGCCGCAGAGCGGACUUGGACGGUGGGAGAGGACGAGAGCCUCGAGGCGCCGGCGUGCGUGCUGAAAGACGGGGAGGUCGUGCGUCAAUUCAAGAGUCCGGGCUGCCAAUCUUGUUGCCAGGUCGAGCCCGUACGUACACGGCCCAGGAACAUGGCGUUUUGUGCUGCAUCGAUCGGCGUCUGUUGCAACCUUAUGCUCGCGUUAUAACUCGUGCAGCGCGCGUGCUUGGGAUGCUUUUGCGACCGGCGCCGGCCCUUGCUUUGUUCUGCCCGCGAGGCUGCUUGCUUUCUCGACUCGACUCUUGCUACCAAGCUCGCCGACCGCGAUGCCUGCGCGCACCAGCGUGUACCCGUCUUUUCAGCCCGGCCUCGACGCCCUCGCUCGCGACAGAGAGGUGCACGUUCGUCAGAGCGUGCCGUCGCAUCGCUCGCGACCUGAUACCAGCACGCAUGCUCCCGGAAGCUACAGGAAUGUUACCGGAACGCACUAUGGCAGCCAGAGCAGCCAGAGCAGACCGCCUGCCAGUGCCGGGAGGUCGCAGAGUAGCAGGAGGUCUCAUGACCGCGAAAGUGGCGCGUCUGCGGCGCGUUCGCGUUCGGUAGCCGCGCGAACACCGACCGCCUCCCACCAUCAUGCGGCCUCCGCUGCACAACCGAUGCCGAUAUCGACCCGGACUCCUUCCAACAAGUCCGACCCGCGGCGUUCGUCCACUCAACCAGGCCCACGUUCACCUUCCCGUACACCGUCCUACCAACAAGUACCAGUCAUCCCGCGCACGUCUUCGGGCUCGCAUCCCUCCGUGCAUCAGAUCUUCCAGCACCCAAGCCCGCCGGGUUCUCAGACGCGCGUAUACCCGCCUCAAGGCUACGGCUAUGGUUACCAGCAACCUCCCAGCGGACAUCCGUAUUCUCCGCCACAGUCCGUGUCUUCGUCUGCCACACCCAGUCGCGCAACGAGCCCGCGUUCAGUGCACCGGAAGGCACCGCCUCCCAUACACGCCUACCCAACUCAGCCUCAACAGACCCCAUCUGCGCUAUCGUUGCACUCGGUUGGCUCGUUGCAGGCUAAUGGACAGCCAGCCCCGAGUAUUCAUGCUUCGUUGGCAUCUGCGUCCUCAACGGCGUUCAGCCCAUCGAGCGCCGGUAUUGUCUCUCCGCUGACUGGAUCGAUCUCUGCCCUCAACCUCCCUCAAAGCCGAAGUAGGCCCGACGUCGGUACCGGGAGCGCCAGCGGGCACGGCCAUGAGUCCAGGGAGGAUGUCAGGUCCGACGAGUCGCACAUCCCGCCGGUCCAUCGCCCUCCGCAAAGCGAGGCCGACGAGGACCUGCCUCUCAGCCGAAUGAUACUCCUCCAGCCGCGACAGGCAUCCCAGCUGCCAAUCUCACCUCCAGCUCGCUCUCACAACCAGCCGCAGGCGCAGGACCAGUCGUCGCCUCCGCCGACCCACAGCUUAGACGUGCCGCAAGAUGUCGACCGAGAUAGACACACGCCGAGCCCUGGGCCUGUCCAUUCCCACCCCUCAGAACAGGAAUCACAUGGAUUGGAGCACGACCAGCACUCUGAGGUGCCUGUCCGGGGCAAGCCGAGGAUCUUCGCUGCUAUGGGUGCCGAAGAGUCUGAGGCCGACCAUGGCGAUGCGCAGCCUCCGAGAGAGCAGUGGGAACACGAGACACCACUCGUGCAGGGCAGGCCGCGGAUCUUCGCUGCACAAGAGGAGGGCGGCAGUGAUGAGCAGGGUGCGGACGCGUACGCACAGCAAGAUGGCGCAUAUACCCAGCCGGCGGACGCGUACGCGCCACAGGGGAGCGCAUAUACCCAACCUGUGCAGCCGGCGGAGAAGGAGUUCCAGGGUCAAACGGCGGACGGGCACGUCCGAGACUACCCACACACGCAUGGCUACCCCACUCCCCGCUCGCGGUCGCCUGUCCUUCCCUCCGACCAGGCAGCGGUUCUGCGCGACGACGAAGAUACACGGGGCCGGCGGCGCGAGGUGCUCCCGAAGGAUGACCAGGACGGCCACCGGAUCUCGCGUUCGCUGCCCCCAACGCCGUCGCCGCGCGCGCCCACGCCAGAGGUGCAGCAUGAUACGGACGUCGAGCAUGAGAAGGGCGGGAGUGCGGACGACCAUGGUCUCGGUCGCAGGCGCCUCCGGAAGGGUGGGAAGCUGAAGCGGGGGAGCUCGCAGAGCGACUCGGAGAACGAGGGGCGGCGGCGCGGACAUUCCUUUGGGUUGGGGCUGAGGGGCAUAUUUGGCGUGAGGGCUCUGACGGAGAAGCAGGUCGAGAAGCUGGGUGCGAAGGACGGAGCAGGUGCGGCUGCGGGAGCGAGUGCGGUGCCGGUGAACAUGGGUGCCGCGCCGAUGGGAGUUGCGCCUGGUGUGCAGCGGAGCGCGAGUGGGAGCGACGGACGGAGGAAGCUCAAGAAGGACGCGAGACGGGGGCGGCGCGACGAACGGGGAGAUGAGCGGCCCACGGAGCUUGUGCGGGAUAGGGCGGACGAGGCGAGCUUCGUGCACAUCGACAGUUCGGCGGUGCAGGAGGAGAUGCAGCGCGGCAGAACGGGUCCCGGGGCACCACCAACGCCCAUCACGCCGGAAGAGUACGCACGCGCGCGGGCGCAGCGACGAGGAGCGAAGUUGGGCAAGGGUCUCCCUGCGGUGAUUGCGCAAGCUCUGGCCCCUUCACCUGAGCGUAAGGAGCCCCUCAAACCAAGCAUGCCGUAUCCCCUCGUCAAGCAUCUGCUCGAGCCUGCGUUGCUCGCGGGUCUACUGACGUACCUGUCGUAUAACGAAUGGCUUGCGGUUGCUGCUCUCAACCGCCAGGUCAGGGACGGCGUGACCAAACGGCGUGAGCUGACGGAGUGCGCGUUGGAGAAGUUCUUGGGUCCUGUGGGCUAUGCGCGGUGGACGUGGGGUCUGGAUCCCAGUCUUGCCAAAGCGCGAAGCAAGGAGCGGGCGAAUGAUGGUGACAAGGAGAUGCCCAGGCUGCCCAACGACGGCGAACCAGUCACUCUCGCGCUGCAGGUCAGUACAUCGUGCAGCGCGCAAGGGUAUACGUGCUGACUUUACUUCGUAGGAUCUCAACAACUAUAUGCGCGGAGUGUCGAUGCCGUCGCACCAAUUCUCCACCCUGGCUUCUGAGUACCUGCAUG